AUGUUUGCGAAUAGGUCUAUGAAUAACACUUCAUCGUCUGGAGGACUAUUCAAUUUUGGCCAAUCAGGGACUCAGCAACAGCAACAACCACAACCACAACCACAACAAGUUUCAACAGCACAGGCGGGUGGAAAUGCAUCUGUGCCUUCGAAUCUGACACUAAGUAGCACAAAUAAUGUUGACAUUACAGCAUCACUAAACAUCAAGAGCAGUGACGAGCUAUUGAGAGAACUAUUAGACUCGGCCAGUAAUUUGCCUAAAGAUUCUAUUUCAAAAGUUAAUCUUGGUCCAAUACAUCUUACCCUCGAUGAACUUGCACGCAAGUCUGAACAACUCAGAAAACGAGAGGACAAGGCAAAUAAUUUCACAAAAGCUCACUAUUUAUUAGCUGGAAGCGGGUUGGCAACUGGAGACAUUGAAGAAGAUUUGAACAAAAUACAGUUACCUAAAUCAACUACAUCAUCGCAUUACCAACAGCAGCAGCAGCGUUAUUUUCAUCGAGACGAUGACAGUAUAGAACAUUACCUCAAGAGCAAUAAGGAGGAAAACAUUUUAAACACAAUUGAGCAAUCUUUUGCUCUAGCCUCAAAGGACUUUGACAAUUUCAUUAGUGCAAACAUCUCCAGCGACUGGCAAAAGAGAAGGGAAGAACUAAAGCAAGCAGUGGGACUAAAAGAUGACAUCAAGUUUCAAGAAGAAGCAAUGAAAUGUUCAGUUGUAUGGAAAUCCAAAUCUGCAGCUGCCAACAUUUUAACACCAUUGGCCACUAAAGGAAACACUUCUGUGCGUCAGACAUCAAGAGAAAAGUUUGAAAAUUACGCUAGAGUCAUUUAUUCAUUGAAUGAGGCGAGAUUGCGAGAUAAAGCGUUUCCUCUAUGCUUGAAUUUUUACGAAUUAAACAGGUUACAAGACGACCUAAAAUCAAAACAAAUUUGUGAAGCAUGGAAGAUACUUCAAGGCUUAACUGGGGAGGAAUCAGCUACAUCUAGCCAAGAGCAGAAAUUUUUCAAUUUUUCCAAAAUUGAGUUGAACGAUGCUAUACUGACUAGCAGUAGAAAAUUUUUGGAGAAGGAAUUUUACCUUUACAUUGAGCAACUAUACGCUAAAAGCAGCCACAAAUCUCAGACGUUUUUACCUGCUACUAAUAUCAACAAGAUCUCCUUUUUCAUACAUCAGAUUAUCCUUAAGAAUGAUCCUGAAUUGGUUAAUAAGACUUUACUCGUCAACGGUACGCCAAUCUGGGCAUUGAUUUAUUAUUUAAUGCGUGCUGGAUUGUAUGACGAAGCAGCUGAGCUAGUUUUACGUAAUCGUGAAUUGUUCAAUAAAUUCGAUAAGAAUUUUCCCACGUAUAUAAGAAAAUAUGCUGAUAGCCCAAGACAUACUUUGCCUUCGGAACUCAGUGAAAGAAUACAUCAAGAGUUUAAUCGGCAGUUUCAAUACGUUAUGAAUGACCUUGAUCUGAGUAUUAACUUUGAUCUGUACAAGUACUCGGUUUAUAAGAUUGUGGGGAAAUGUGAUUUACAUAACAAGGCAGUUCCUCAAGCAAUCAAUUUGAGCAUCGAAGACUGGUUAUGGUUCCACUUUGCUAUAAUCAACGAAUAUCAACAGCAACAACACCCAAAUGAUGACGAACAAUCCUCCAUUGUUUUUCAUAACUUUGGUUCAAGCAACUUGCAAAGCAAAAUUAUUCAACUUGAAUCGAAAUUUUUCUUGUCAUCGUCGUCAUCAAAAAACCCAUUAUACUUAAAAACACUUUUAUUAACUGGGUUAUACGAGCUAGCAGUUCAAUAUUGUUAUGAAUAUGUGAAUGAAACAGACGCUGUUCAUUUAGCUAUUGGAUUGACAUAUUUUGGUCUUCUCAAGUGCUCCAAUUUCAAGAAGGAUGAUUUACUAACAGUUUAUGGAAAUGAGUAUGAAAUCAAUUACAGUAGAAUCUUGGGUGCAUACACUACAAGUUUCAAAAUCAGCGAUCCAAAAGUUGCUUGUGAAUACUUGAUUUUGAUAGCCAUGGCACAAGGUGGUGAUUCAAAGGAAGCCGUGUCUGUUUGCCACGAUGCCUUGAAAGAGUUAUUACUCAUUACUAGAGAAUUUGGUAUACUUAUUGGUGAGUUAGACCCUGCUACUACAGGUGUUAUAGAACACGGAGUUAUGGAAAAGCAAAGGAAAUUAAUCAAGCUAGAGGACAUCAAAGCGUUUAAUCGUCAAAUUGUUGAAGCUACUGCAGUUAAAUGCGAAGAUGAAGGGAGAAUAUUUGAUGCACUUUUAUUAUACCAAUUAUCUUGUGAUUACGAAACCACCAUUGUUUUAGUCAAUAAGCUUCUUGCCGAGUUGAUAGCUACUAGUGAUUUGAAUAAACCAAUAUUGUAUUUUGGAAAUUGUGAUGUUAUGUCUAAUGGAUUCACUACUAGUAGCAGUAGUAGUAGUAGUAGUAGUAGCGGUGGUGGUGAGGAGGAGAAGCAAGGGGCGGGGGCUGCCGAGGAGACACAAGAAACACCCGAGAAUAAUAUCAUAUUGUUAUCUGAACAUAUUUGGAAUAAUUUUUCCAAAAGUAGCAAGAUCUUAAGCAGCAUUACUCCAAGCGUAAGACAUACUUGUGAACUACUCAUUUCAAUUAUUAGUAUACGAGAUUUGUUCAUCAAGAGAAAUUGGCAAGAGGUUAUUUCGAGAAUAGAUAAAUUGGGAUUGGUACCAGCAAAUGCCAUUGAUGAUUUGACAAAAGUAAGAAGCUAUAGCGAGCUAAUCGAAAAUAACGAUUUGGAUAAGAAUUUGAUUCAAGUUGUGCCUUCGUUACUCAUAUUGGUGAUGACUUGUGUAUCCAAUAUUAACUAUGACAUUUUAACUAAAAAAUAUCAACCUAUUAGUAAAGGAAAAGGUGAGUUGGAUUACUGGAAGAAAAUCGCACGAAACUAUGAUCAAAUAGUGGUGAUACGGAAUUUCUUUAACAAAGGGUUCUGUGACGAGUUGAUCCGGUUGUUUGAAACAAGAGUCAAGUUGGAAACAACGCCAAAGGUAAAGAGUAAAGAGUAUGCCGCAAGGUAUAAUGAUCGCGCUAGUUUAAUUGACUUGGAUGCAGCAGAUGUGUUAUGGCGAUAUAUGCAAAGAGUUUUAUUGACAAAUGAGUAUAGUAGUGAGCCUCAACUGGAGGCAAUUGCAAAAAUGUUCCAUGAUGCAAUAGGAUUGAAUCCUCAAUUACGGAUAUAUCGAUAUUUGCAAGGACACCAUUUUGGAAAACACUACGAUGAUUCAGUUGUAUGUGAUAUUCCGCCUCUUGGUAAGAGCAAAGGUAUUACGAAAUGGACAUUGUUGAUAUAUUUAACAGGUAACGAUGAGUUUACCGGUGGCGGAACCAUAUUUUACCCUGAGUUUGGUGGCAAAGAAAUGAAUAUCCAUCCAAGCAAAGGGAUGGCAUUAUUGCAUAAACACGGAGACGCUUGUUUGCAGCACGAAGCAGAGAUGGUGAAGAGAGGAGUUAAAUGGGUAUUAAGAAGCGAUGUUAUAUUCCCUGCUUAG